CCACUUAAAAUGUCAAGGCGCAAAUACCCCCACACGUGAUUUAUAGGCAUGCUAAACCCCGUGACCGGGUCUGCCAAGAAACCGGUGGGGGACCGUAGGGUUGGAGGCUUCAGACCAGACCAGACCGCGGUCUGAGAAUUUGGGACCAGAUGGUCCGGUCUGAUCUAGGGGAACCGGUGGUCUAGGUUCCCCAUGACGCACCCUACGGAGAGUCAUGAUCGGUUUGCCAAGUCGGAGUUUGUACCAGCUAGCUGCUUCCCGUCCAAUUUCCUGCGAUCCCGUCGGAACCACAGAUAGUGGGAUGCCAUGUCUUAGUCGGCCCCCUACCCCGUACAUCACACAGGCACCCGUUGGUAUCGGGAAUCUUCUGUGCCAUCCCACUCCUACUCCCAUCGCGGGUAGUAGUAAGGUGUCUACCAUCCUGCUUUUCAUUGUGCAUUUUGGGUUCCAGCCGUACCGUGGUAUGCUUAACCCCUUACCAGCAAGCAGGUAAAGGAGUUUCACGCGAAGCAGGUGUGCGGUGGGAGAAUCCCGAGACAGGGCGGUGCGGUGGUGGAAGGGAAGCCUGGUGGUAGGGGGGGAUAUAAGAGGUGUGUACUCCCCAAGUUCUGGGGGGAGUUUAAAGGUCGUUGGGGGGCUGUGUAACGGGCUUCAUAUGCAGCGGGUGAUUUGGCUAAUUUAAUAUCUGGGCACCUACACCGUACGAAAGCAUCGCAGAAUCAUUGCUCCAUACUUCUCAAUGGCGUCGUCUGAUUCUUCUUCUGAUCCCUCCUCGGGCCCGUCCUCGGCUUCGUCGUCAAGUCUAUUCUCAACUCUUGCCUCUGUUCCGUCGUGGGGACCUGCUUCGUUUCUCUCCUCAGCUGUACCAUUUGGCCGCUCGUCUGGUUCUUCGACGCUUUACCCUACUCCCACCUCAAAGACAAAUCCAGACGCCUCGUCAGUUCCUUCUUCGGCUUCUCCCUCAACUCCUACCUCAGAUCCCACCGCGGACUGCCUCUCUGAACCCCCCACAGCUCCUUCCUCGGCUUCCCCCUCAGCUCUCCUCUCAAAUACCACCACAGACUGCUCCCCCUCUAGGCCCUCAGCGCCCUCCAUUGCUCCCGCUGCCCUCGCCACUCCUGCUCCUUUGGAUCCCUCCUCAGCCCCAACUACAUCCCCAGACCCUCCCACCGACCUCCCCCUCACCCGUGCCAACGCCCACCUCUUCGACGCCCUCGAAUCCCACACCUCCCAACAACUCCUCCUAACCGCCGUGCAAGUCCUCUGCAGCGACGCCGCAGUGCUAGUACGCACCAGUCCCGCGCGUGGAGAACAGUACCUCGCCAUCGCAACGGAGCUCGUGACUGCCUUUUUCGCGGCGGAGGGGGAGGAAAUCAGCGAGCCGCAUGAGGCGGCGAAUAAGAUUUUGAAGCUGGCGAGGAGGGAGAUGGAUAGGGUGGUUGUGGAAAUGGGGAGGACGGAGGAGGAGAGGAAAGCUGAGAGGGCGGCGGAAGAAGAGAGGAGAGAGGAGGAGAGGAAAGUGGAGAAGGAGAGGAAGAAGGAGGAGAGGAGGAUGUAUGAGGUUGCUAUGAGGGAGUUUAGGGAGGAGAAGAGGGUGGAGGAGAAGAGGGUGGAGGAGAAGAGGGUGGAGGAGAAGAGGGUGGAGGAGAAGAGGGUGGAGGAGAAGAGGGUGGAUGGAGACAAUAGGAUGGAGGAGGAAAAGAAGAUGGCACUUAGGGAGGCAAGGCUUGCGUAUGUGACAGACACGCAGAAGAGGAAGAUGGCGAAGAAGAAGGCGGAGAAGGAGAAGAGGGAGAAGGAGGAGGAGAGGAGGAUGAGGCUCCUGGAGGGGACGGGUGGGUGA